AUGAAAGAAGAGAUUAGAUUGAAAGACGAGACUGAACCAGAGAGAAGAUUUGAUAGAGACAGAGAGAGAGAAAAUGAUUGGAGACGAACUGAAGAGGAGAUGAAAAAUAGAGUGGAGAGAGAGACGGAGAUGGAGACAGCCCUCAUCAAUGACAAAAAGAAGUCUGAAUUGGAGGAAGUCUUCAAGAAAAUCAAGGAACAGAUUGAAAGAGAGAAUGAAGAAGAAAUAUGUAAACAGAAGCACAUAGAGAUGGAAGAGGAAGAACGAGAGAGGGAGAAAGAGAGACAGAGAGAGAUUAGAGAGAGAUUGAAAGAGAGAAUGAAGAAGAAAGAUAGGGAGAAAGAGAGACAGAGAGAGAUCAAAAGGAAGAGAAUGGAGAAGAGACAGAAAAAUAUGGAAAGAGAAGAAGAGAGACAGAGAGAGAUUGAAAGAGAGAAUGAAGAAGAAAGAUGUAAACAGAAGCAAAUAGAGAUGGAAGAGGAAGAACGAGAAGAAGAGAGACAGAGAGAGAUUGAAAGAGAGCAUGAAGAAGAACGAUGUAAACUGAAGCAAAUAGAGAUGGAAGAGGAAGAACGAGAGAGGGAGAAAGAGAGACAGAGAGAGAUAGAAGAGAUACACAGAGGACAACAACAAGAGGAGAGACAGAAA